CCGCCCCGCGCCGCCUGGUCCCUCCCCCGGCGCCCGGCCGAGCCCAGCCGAGCCGAGCCGCCGUUUCCGGAGUGCGCCGUGCGGGCGACCGUGGCGGGCAGGAAAUGACCUAGAGGCCUUACAAAUACAUUUGUGCAUUCUUGUUCAGGCUUUACAAUUGAGGGCAAACUCAAUCUGGAAGCACCACUUAUUAAGGUUACAACAGAAACAACUACCUCAACAAACAGAAGGAAGGGAGGCAAAGGCUUGCAAUAAUAAACACUUUAAUUUUUAAUAACUUGUCCUUGCAAAGUCUUCAGAAAACAAGACAGAUUUUUUUUUAACCUUUCAGUAUUACGAAGAGACACUACAAGUAAACCGAUUUGACAGACUGGAUCUGUCCAGACGAUACCUUGAAGAUAUUUGAUCUGCUGACAUAGGUCUUGCUUUUUCAAGGGAAGAGCCUCUGCACUGCUUUUAUAAUCGCUGUUGAUCAGUGGUUUUGUUCCACUUCUUUCUUGGUAUUACUAGCAAAAGAUGAUUUACGUUGACAAAAAUAACUUUUAUAAACUUUAACAUCAGGUCUCAACAACAUGCUGUCAAAGAAAUUGUAAGAGAGAAAUCUUUUUCUGUUCCUUAGUUGCAUCUAGUGUGUAGAGGAGAAUACCAACCCAGAGACAGCGUUUCUGAGAUUCUUCAGCUUGCUUUUUGAGGACAGUUUGUAACUGCAGCAGGGCUGCACUGAACAUUGAAAAUACUAAGUCAGCAAAUCUGCUGCCUUUUUCACUGCUGAUACAGAUUAUACAGACGCUUCCCUUUUUGAAAUGCCUUUUAUGAAACCUGCAUACGCAGUCCUCCACUAUUACUACACGUAACUACGUUUUUGAGGAAGAAAUCUGACAACAGGUUGUUAAUCCAAGAGUUUUUUGGACAACUACUCACUUAUGUAUUGCUGUAGUGCACAGGAAAGUAAAAUGGACUAUAAGCGGCGCUUUUUGCUUGGCGGGUCCAAGCAAAAAGUGCAGCAACACCAGCAGUAUCAAAUGCCUGAGCUAGGCAGGACCCUGAGCGCACCGCUGGCAUCUACUACCCCAGCAUCCCCUUUGGUCCCCUCAGCUGCUGCAGGCAGCUGCAACCAUCCUGUGUCCCAUACUACUCCAAUUGCAGACAUCCAGCAGGGAAUCUCCAAGUAUCUGGAUGCACUCAAUGUGUUUUGCCGUGCGAGCACUUUCCUUACAGACCUUUUCAGCAGCGUAUUUAGGAACUCGCAUUAUUCUAAGGCAGCUAUGCAACUGAAAGACGUGCAGGAACAUGUCAUGGAAGCAGCAAGUCGACUCACAGCAGCAAUAAAACCAGAAAUAGCAAAAAUGCUGAUGGAACUGAGCGCUGGAGCUGCAAACUUCAAAGAUCAGAAAGAAUUCAGCCUACAGGACAUUGAGGUUCUUGGUCGAUGUUUCUUGACAGUGAUGCAGGUUCACUUCCAGUUCUUGUCCCAAGCCUUGCAGAAGGUCCAGCCAGUAGCACACUCUUGUUUUGCUGAAGCUGUUUCCCAAGAAAGAAAGAAUGCGAGUGGGGUUGGGACCUCCAAUUUGAGCCCUACAACUGAGCUAGAGGAUGCAGUACGAUCAUGGAGAGGAGCAGCAGAGGCCACAUCUCGACUGCGAGAAAGAGGCGGUGAUGGGUGUUUGGCUGGAAUUGAGGUUCAGCAGCUCUUCUGCUCACAAAGUGUGGCAAUCCCUGAACAUCAACUGAAAGAACUGAACAUGAAAAUUGACAGUGCUUUGCAGGCUUACAAAAUUGCUUUGGAGAGUUUAGGCCAUUGUGAAUAUGCAAUGAAGGCUGGCUUUCACUUGAAUCCAAAAGCUAUUGAAGCAAGUUUGCAGGGCUGUUGUAGUGAAGCUGAAGCACAGCAAACAGGAAGGAGACAAACCCCACCUCAGCCAAUUCAGUGUGAACUCCCAACUGUACCUGUUCAGAUAGGAUCCCACUUUCUGAAAGGCAUAUCCUUUAAUGAGUCUGCAGCAGAGAACCUGAAGUUGAAAACGCAUACAAUGCUUCAACUGAUUAAAGAGGCUGGUUGCCAUAAUGGACUUACACCAUGUGAUGACUCUCCUGUUACUGAAGUACUAAAUCAGGUUUGCCCUUCUACUUGGCGGGGAGCCUGCAAAACUGCUGUGCAGCUAUUAUUUGGCCAAGCUGGACUGGUGGUUGUGGACACAGCGCAGAUCGAAAAUAAAGAAGCAUAUGCUCCUCAGAUUAGUUUAGAAGGAUCCAGGAUUGUUGUGCAAGUUCCAUCAACAUGGUGUCUGAAAGAAGAUCCAGCAACAAUGUCAUUAUUACAGAGGAGUCUGGAUCCAGAAAAGACUUUGGGACUGGUAGAUGUGCUCUAUACUGCUGUGUUUGACAUAAACAGGUGGAAAGAAGGAAGGGAACAAGCUUUGCCUUGUAUUCAGAUCCAAUUGCAGCGGGAGAUUUCAGACUUUGGGAAUCAAGUUGACAUGCCAUCAGGAAAUGGAAGCAAAUCAUCAGGAGGCCUGCAAAAGACUUUCUCAAAACUGACUUCACGGUUUACAAAGAAAACUUCCUGCGCCAGUUCAAGUAACAGUGGAAGUUAUUCUAUUCCCAGUACGCCUUCCAAAAAUAUCUUUACAGGUAGCAACUCAGAGGAGAAAGUGAAAAUGCCCAGUCACAUGGACACACGGUUACAGAGCAUUUUGAACAUUGGUAAUUUCCCCAGGACAAUAGAUACAUUACAGCCACCUCAGAGCACAAGUAGUCAGAUAGUUAAUGGAUUUCUUGUUGAAAGACAUGAUAAUUUUUUCAAAGCAGAUGAUGGCAAGGAUGACAAAGGUAUGAAUUUACCCACUGACCAGGAAAUGCAGGAUGUUAUAGACUUCCUGUCUCGUUUUAAUAUGGGCAAAUCGCAGCAGACUUCUCCAUUGGUGAAAAGAAGGAACUCUGUUGCUUCUUCUCCAGCAACAGAACAAAAAUCAGGAGCAGUUCAGCAGCAACUGCAGUCUGUGUCUCAUGCGUCUCUGCAUCCUUCGCAGCAAGGGUUGUCACAGCAACAGCAGCCUCAAAAGCAGCAGCAACAACAGAUGCAGUACUACCAACAUCUGCUCCAACCUAUUGGACCACAGCAACAGCGUGUACCUGGCAAGUGGCUAAAUAAUUCUUCACAACAGCCAGCACAAGCUGUCGGGGCUGGAUUGUCUCAUAUUAGCCAAUGGAACAAUCACGGCUUUUCGGAUUUGAGCUCUGAUUUGUACAGCUUGGGUCUUGUGAGCACCUAUAUGGACAAUAUGAUGUCAGAGAUGUUAGGACAGAAACCUCAAGGACCUAGAAAUAACACAUGGCCAAACCGUGACCAAAGUGAUGGAGUCUUUGGGAUGCUGGGAGAAAUUCUGCCUUUUGACCCUGCAGUUGGCUCUGACCCAGAGUUCGCCCGUUAUGUAGCUGGGGUCAGCCAAGCUAUGCAACAGAAAAGGCAAGCACAGCAUGUUCGUCGCCCAAGCAACACACGUAGCAACUGGCCUCUUCCUGAUGAUCCUCACAGAACCUGGCCUUUUCCUGAAUAUUUCACAGAAGGCGAUGUAACAAACAGCUGGUCUGGUGCUCAAGGAGACUCUGCCAGUUCCAGCGAUGAGACCUCCUCAGCUAACGGAGACAGUCUCUUUUCCAUGUUCUCAGGGCCAGACCUUAUUGCUGCUGUCAAGCAGAGAAGAAAACACAGUAGUGGUGAGCAGGAACCCAGCACACUACCAUCACCACCUCUUCUUUCUGCAGUAGAUGACCGUAAUCAGGAUAAUAAAACCAAAACCUGGCCCCCUAAGGCUCCUUGGCAGCAUACUUCACCUGUCACAAAUACACUGCCCAGUCAGAGUACGUCACUGUAUCAGAUGAGCAACCCCGUUAGCCAAUGGAACGACACGAUGCAGAUUCUACAGUCACCAGUUUGGUCAACAGCCAAUGACUGUGCUCCAUCAACAGGGAUUUCCUCCAGUUUUGCCUAUGCCCAGCAACAACAAUCAUCACAGCAGCAGGCUUCCCAGCACAAACAGAUAAAUAAGGGCUUUAAAUCUUUUCCAGUAAAGCACGAACGCAGACCAUCUUACCUGCAUCAAUACUAAUAGCUUCUCACAUUGGAAAGAUGCAGCAUAGGGCCAAACAGUCUUAUAAAUGAUGUAUAUUAUCUGUUUCGCAGUUCUGUGUACCGGCUGUGUUCUGGUUAUUUUAUUUUGAAACGUAGAGUGAAAUUUUUUGGUGACGUACAUAACCUUUUGACUUAUUUUACAGUGCUGAAUAAACAGGGCCAAUAUAUUUGUUAUAUGUACAUGGAAAAGUCCAAUACUGUGAUGUAGAAAUGCUUUUAAAAACUUGUGUAUAUUACAGUUACUUUCAAAAUCCUUUUUUAAAAAUUACUGAAAGACUACCAUAAAGCACUGUAUUUUAUAGCUAUUUUCAUAUAGAUUUAUAUAGGUAAACAUCUCUUGCUAAAAUGCAUUUUUUUAGCAAAUAUAUUGGUCAAUUCUGCUCAGCACUGUUAUUUCGAUUUCUAAUAGACAAGUUGUAAAGUCUUCAUACUCUGAGUCAACAGCCUGUGAUGACUUUUUUAACGAAGUGAGGCAGCAGCUUUUAAUGUACCACACAAGUGGGUGUACGACAACAGUGUUGGAAAGACACUGGAUUUGUGGUAAUUUCAUAAUAUAAAUAUAGAUCAGCUAGAACCACUCAAAUUCAUCACGAAAACUGUCUUGGCUGCCUCAGCUGUAAGGUAUUUGUGUGGGUCAGAUUAUGUUGAUUUUCACAUAUAUGAUUUAAAAAUACUUCAUGUGGCCAAAGGCAUUAUCCACACAGUGCUCCUUAAAUGUGCAGAAGUACAGCUAAAAGACUACUUGCAUAUAUUUAAAGUCUUAUUUCAAUGCUAUGGUUAGGGUAAAUAUUGUGAGCUGGCUCAGAAGAAACUAGAACUGAAAUGUGGGUAGUAGUUAGUGAAAAGAACAUUAUUUUUUUUUUUUUUAGAGAAUAAAGUAAUUAUUUCUGGUCAAUGUGCCAUUAAGUGAACCUGUGGAAUUAGGAAUAAUCUUCCAACCAAAGUGGGAUCUAGAAGAGUGACUGGUGCUUAAAUUGAAAAACAAUGGUAAAUAUGUGUAUAGUUAUCCCAUUGUAUAUUAAUUGAAGUUAGAGAAGAUUCUUUAUAUAGUUAAAGCUUAUUUAAAAAUUUUCAUAUGUCAUCUUUGAAAGAGUUUAAAAACCACAAUAUUUUCUGGUAUAAAAGUUUUGACAGUAUUAAUCUUAUUUUUGUAUUUUUCUUAACUCAUUAUAUCAUUCUAAUACGUUAACUACUAGUAAAGUGGGCUGUUAUUUCUAACUACAUAAGUUUUUUUUUCCAAUGAAGCUAAAAGCACAUUUAUGUUCCCACUUUUUGUUUGCAAACUAAAUAUUCUAUAUCUAAAGAUACCAAAAACCAAAUUACACACACACACACACACUCACACUCUCUCUCUCUAUAUAUAAAUAUAAAUAUAUAUAAAUAUAUACAACACUAAAAAUAUUAAAACAUUUGGGUGUUUAAAACCCAACCACCUUUCUUGUUUGUAUGGUGAUGGGCUGCAUUUAUAUGCCCAGAAUGUUACCUUUUGUGCUGUUUGGGGAUGCCAAUGUUGCCUGUAUUUGAUAUAUUGUCACCAUGUUUUCUGAAAAUUCAUACUUACCAUGUUUACAGAACUGUUUGCUGUACAUAAGACUUUUUACAGUACUGUGCUUUGCACAAUCAGUGUGGCUUUUGUCUGUAACUUGUUAAUGUUCUGUACUACUAUAAUUUUGAAAACCCUCUGCUGAAAAUAUGAGUAGUUACUUAGACAAAUUGUUUUAAGUUUCCUAAAACUUGACACUUAAUAUUUGAUCUGAAGUUUGGUCAUACUUAUGUCCUGCAGUUAUUCAUACCAAGGCCAAUAGACCAGAUAAUAGAAAUAUUUAUAAUUUUGAACCCUACAAGUGCCAAAACUCUUGCUGCAAUUUUUGCAGUUUACUGGCAAUUUCUGAACUUAUCCAAGUGAAUUACAAAGAUUAAAUCCUUCCUAUCUACAUUUUGAUCAUACAGGUGCUAUGUCCUUCGCCUCCAAUUGUACCUAACACUGGGAGUUUUAAAAAUUGUUGCACUUGGCUUAAGUCUUGCCAUUUUUUAAAAUCAUUUACACUGCCAAGUGCAAGGGUUUGGUGCUUAGUUAAUUUACCUUUAUUGCAGAGCUUCUUGUGAAUAACUAAUGCUUCUGAACUGGAACUGUACAUUUUGUAUUUUAAAGCUCCUGUAAGUAAAACAAAACAAAACCCCACAACAAAACAAAACUUUGCUUUAUUAAAGAGAUAUAUUUACUAAUAGAUCAGACCUGUUUAAAACCUGCACCCCAUGGAAAAUAAGGAGGACCUGAAGAUGUAACUUCAAUUUGUGAACAAAGAUACUACUUCAUUAAUACAGAAUUAUUUAACUAAUUGACGGUAGUAAGAUACAUUAAAUAGGCAGUAAAUUAAAUAGUACACAGUGAAGAACCCAAUACCUUCCCCUACAAUUGAUUUUUGGGCUGCUUUGCCACUAGGGUUAAUGAUUACUCAUUAGCCAAUUUGGAAGUUACCACUGCUGUACUGCACAGGAUAGCAUUUUGUACUUCAGCAGCAAGCAUACAGAUUAAAUCGCUGUCAUCAAGCAGAGUUCACAUGAAUAAGAAAUGGCAAGUUACCUUUGAUUUCCAACAAAAAUAAAGUCCCAUGCCAGCAUA